UAACACUUGUAAGCUAUGACAUCAGUUAGCGUGGCUACUUGAUAAACCGCACGCGGGGCGGGGGGUGCAGCCGACGCACGUGCGCGGAAUAGGCAAGGCAAGUUCGCAAUUCUCUUGUCAAAUCGAUCGUGGCUCUGGAGGAGCGCGCGACGCGCAGUUAUCAGCGCAGACUUCCCCAUCACUCACAAUCCCAGCGGUUCCGGGGGACGCGUGUGACGCGCGCCUCGCCUCGCGGGGACACAGCUGUUAAUAACCCAACAAACAUGUCUGGAGCAUUAUAAGGUCAUUAGUCUACUAACCCCCAUAUGGAUUUACCCACGUCUUUGGCGACGUUCAAACGCUGCGUUUCGUUUAUCGUUCUCUCUCAUCCAUCCUGUCGUUGACGGCCGGCGGACAGAUUCGCCAAAUAAUGGCUACAUUCGGUUUAUGAACUCUUCAUCUCAUCUUCGCCGCUGCCCACUCGGGGUCCGCGUGAUGGACAGGCGGCUUGUGCGCACGACCUGCAGUGUUUGGAGUGAGUAGAAAGUAAGCUCGUUUUUAACACUCGUCUUCCGGACUGCCGUCACACUUUGAAGAAGAAUGCGCUCGCUUUCAUAAACCGAGUUUUUUGAAGAAACAGGUGAGGAUUGGAGAAUAAAGAAGGUGACAUGGCCAACAUUCUCACAGGGUGAUCUGACAGGCCAAAACACAGGACAGAAAGAUGAAGCUGUGGUGGUGGUCAAUGUGGCCGUUGAAGGUCAUACUCUUGGUCAUCUUGGUAAUAUGGUCUUGCCAUUCGGUUUCGGCGGGUACAAAGAGCCUACGGGGACAUACAGCUUCAUACCAGGUGAAACAGGGUACCUGUGAGGUGGUGGCUAUUCACAGAUGCUGCAAUAAGAAUAAGAUCGAGGAACGUUCACAAACAGUCAAGUGUUCCUGUUUUCCAGGACAGGUGGCUGGGACUACACGAGCUCAACCAUCUUGUGUGGAGUCCUCCAUCGUGCUGCAGAAGUGGUGGUGCCAAAUGCACCCAUGUUUGGAUGGCGAGGAGUGUAAAGUUCUUCCGGAUCUCACCGGCUGGUCCUGCAGCACCGGCAACAAAGUCAAAACCACAAAGGUCACACGAUAGCAGAACAUAGCUGCCCUACCAAGAGGCCUAGGACUUUUCACCAACCCCUUGAUGAAAAAGGAGACCCUCUUGUUUAAAGACAUUGAUAUCACAGAGGAUUCUGUCAAUGUGAUAGAUGGACUCUCUUAUCGUAGACUAUAGAUGACUGCCUUGCUUUGUCAGAAGACAAGAAAGGACAAGGAUCUUUGUAUAUACCUGUGGUGCGAUGCUCUGUGCACUGCAGAUGUUAGACACCACAGGUGCUCAUGAGAAAGACUGCAUCUGUCAGCUGAAAGAGUCUUUUUGGAUUUCUACUGGCUAUACAAGUGACUGCGUUCUUGUAUGUAUGUAUGUAUGUAUGUGCUUGUCAAUGGGAGACAGGAAAUCGUAGCACAUUGAAGGACAAACUUCCCUUGGAUUGGUUCAGAUUUGGCUAUGGCCUUGUGUGUUAAUGUUAAUAGAAAAUGUGUGUUAGGAUAAAGAUGCUGACGCAGUAGUUUAACUCUGUUUAUCUGCUUUCCAACACACAUUAAACUUUAUGUAUGCGAGAUAGGAAGGGAAUUGGUCCGAAUGUGUGAUCCACAAAUUACUGACAAUUUGCUCUUCUGGGUCAAGUCAUAACUAUAAAAAUGUUUCUGUAAAGUCAUUUUGCAGUUUUAAUUAAAGUUGCUAAAUAGGAUCAUAACAACAAAUUAAAAAUUCAUGUACGAUUUUUGUUGCACUAGAUAAGAUGGAGACGUUUUAAGUUUUCUGUUGGUGUAAGAUGGCAUUAAAGAAUGAAACAUUACAAAGCUUUCUUCCGCAGAUACAAACAGUAGAAAUGCAGUUUAUAUGUGAUGUGAGCUUUACAAAUGCAACACCCCCUUUGAAGCACCUUCAAGACUGACAAUUGGUCAAAAACAUCUGUUAACUCUGUAAAAAGAUCCAUAAAGCACUUAAAGCAUUUAUUCUACAAUGUAGAUACCCAACAAAAGAAAUGCUACUUUUGGCAAAUAUGUUAAAAUAAUGCAUACUCAUAUGAAAUCCUGUCACAUCUUACAGUAAGUUAAAAAGCCUGAUUAAGGUGCUAUUAAAAAAAAGGUAAAAAACUGUAUUUUUUCGGUUGCUGGGAAAGGCUAAUUUUUGUACAUUUAUACAGUACAACACACUGAAAUGUUGUACCUUUUGGGGUACAAUAUUAUACCCUAAGGACCUAUUGUGUACCUUAAGGAACAAUUUUGUAUACUGUAGUUAAAUUUUACGGGUACAAAAAGGUACACAAUAUAUCCUUAGGGUACAGUAAUGUGCCCAAAAAUUUACAAUAUUGUAUUAUGUUUUGUAUACUUGUAAAGGUGCAAAAUGAAACCUUAUGGCGCUUUUCCAUUGCAUAGUACCCCAUCGUUUAGAUCAGGUCAGCUCACCUCACUUUGGCUUGGUUAGUUUUUCCAUCGAGUUUAGUAAUACUUCAGAGUGGGAGGGAUUAUAGGCGUGUCGUUAUAUUUGCGCUGCCUACUGCUGUGACAUCAUACGCUUUACAUCCCCAUACAUUCAUUUAUUUCUCAGUCACAAAAUUAAAAUUGACCACCACAAAUAGAUGCACAUGACGUUCAUCCGUUUAUUCCCAAAUAUUUAAUAUAUGCUAAGGGAAUCAGACGUAACAUACAUGUUUUUAUAUUUUGUUUUUAAUAACCUGCCCCAACACGCCCCGCAAUAAACGUACAAUUUCUUUACCUGCCCCAACCCACCCGUGGGUUGCCCGCGGAUUACGAGAUGACCACAGAUGUGCCCCUAUAAACUGCAAGUCUGGAAAAAACUGGUAUAGUGUUCCUGAUUCUCAACCUGUGGAUGUUUUUCAUUGCUAAAAGGGAGUUUGGGUAUAUCAAAGCACAGAUGACAACAGGUUUACUUGAGACAGCGCAAGCUAGCACGAAGGUAAAGUUAAUCUUUUACAUUAUAGCGAUGGCGCUGGUAGUGACGAUUCUCUCAGACCAAUCAGUGAUCUACAGUGUUUUCGCGUCACGUUUUGGUAUCAGCUCGGGUCGCUUGGAACUUCAACCGAGGUGGAACUAAAAAAAGUAUCGGGUACUAUGUACUGCACCCAGUGGAAAAGCCCCCAAACGUAAGCUGACCCGACCCAAACCGUGAGGUACUAUCAUAGACUGUAAAAAAAGAUGGACGACGCCUGUUUGCUCUCUUCCAUUGGUGAAAAGUGAAGCCGCCAGUGUCCCGAUAUGGCGCUGACAUCUUGGGUCUUGAGUCUGCGCAGUAGCGAUUUCGGGACCAGUCAUACGCAGUAGUGAGCAGGAAGUGAAGCCGUGAAAUCAAAACCCCGCCCUCGCUCUCGUAGAAUGCGCAUAUCACACGAUAUCACAGCUGUCAAUCAUGACGUGACACCACUGUUUUUAUAUCAUUGAAUAACUAACUAAACACAAACCUAUUUUAAAAACAAACAUUUAAAUGUACAUCAGCGGGAUAAAAACUACAGUGAAUGACAGAAACCAGCUUCAGAAAAAAGAUAAUUGAAGUGUAAUGAUUUUUUUGUUGCUCUCAAGUCCCGUUGAAUAACACGGGGAGGCGGGGUUUAUGACCUAUACUGGGACCAGUCAUUGGGGGGCGAUCGAGAUGUUUUGGCUUCACUUUUCAGGGCUUGUGCGGCACGCUUGGGUACUAUGCAAUGGAAAAGCGCCAUAUGGUACCACCCCAGUAACAGAAAGGGUACUGUUUUGUAACUUUUUUUAACAGUGUGGGUCGCCUCAUGUGGGCCGCCAUGCUGGGAUCACACAACUAACCAAAUAUCUUCAACUUUAUACCAGUUACCCUAAGAAAAAACACUUUUAGUUGCAAAAGAAAUGAAUUAUGGUUGACACAUACACCUGCAAAUUGUCUACUUGUAGAAUUGCAUUACUUUAAUAAUUGAAACUUUUUCUUUUGUGUGCUUCUGUGACAUGCUAAAGUGUCAGUUCAAUCCAACAAAAAUGUUUUUGGUGCGCCUUUAAACCAGUCUUGUUUUAAACUUUGUUGUCUGGUUUUACUCUCAAAAUGCUCUGUCAAGUUCAGAAAACCAGAUGACAAUUUGCUGACCGAGAUUGUGAACAUCUUUAAAGAUAAUCUCCAAUGUGAAGAUUCAUUUCUCCUGGCCUGUACUGAAGUGUAAUAAAGUUUG